GAAGGGGUUACUGUCUUCCCUAACAGCUUCCUGUUUAACUGCCUGGAGUAAUUUGGGGUGACUCAGGGGCACCUUACACACCUCCAAAUUCCCGGGAAGUGGCAAAGGCGGCAAAUUACAGAUCCUGUCCACAAACACCUAUGGGAGGCAGUGAGAUCUGGUGUGGGGGGGGUGGCUACUUAAUCCCGCCACCAGCCCCCCUCCCCCCGCCACACACACAUGGUCAACAGAAGGGGGUGUUGGGAUCUGUGAAAGGUCUCUGGACGUGAAACUCAGGACUGCCUGCCUCAGUUCCUGUGCCUGGCCCCAGCUCUGGGCCAUAUUGCAGUCUGGCCACAUUCCAGCAGCACUCAGCAGGCUUGGCAGGUCCAUGGGCGUGACGCUGCCACAUGGUGAAGCCAGCCUAUACUGGCUUGACAGGCAGGCUCAGCCCCGGGCAUCAGAGCCCUUUGGGACUUGGGAAGGCUGUGCUUUUGACAGAAGCCUGCUGUGGAGCGAGGCUAUGGUCCCCCUCCUGUACAUUGUUCUGCCCACCCUGGGCAGUUAUGUCAUGCUCUCCAUCUUCUUCCUUCGACGACCUCAUCUGCUACACACGCCCCGGACUCCUGUCUUCCCUAUCCGUCUGGCUGCCCACCGUGGAGGGUCUGGGGAGCGACUGGAGAACACCAUGGAAGCAGUAGAGAAUUCCAUGGCUCAGCGAGCAGAUCUCUUGGAAUUUGACUGCCAGCUCACUCGAGAUGGUGUGGUGGUAGUGUCACACGACAAGAACCUGUCCCGCCAGUCGGGCCUAAAUAAGGAUGUGAACACCCUGGACUUUGAGGAACUGCCCCUCUACAAGGAAGAACUGGAGAUCUACUUCUCACCAGGCCAUUUUGCCCACGGGUCAGACCGGCACAUGAUUAGUUUGGAGGAUGUAUUCCAGAAAUUUCCAAGGACUCCCAUGUGCUUGGAGGUCAAAGAAAGAAAUGAAGAACUCAUUCACAAGGUAGCCAACCUGGCUAGGCGCUUUGACCGAAGUGAGAUUACUAUUUGGACUUCGGAGAAGAGCUCAGUCAUGAAGAGAUGCAAGGCUGCUAACCCUGAGAUGCCUAUGGCCUUCACGAUAUGGCGAUCGUUCUGGAUACUGCUGCUCUACUAUCUGGGACUGCUGCCUUUUGUCUCUAUCCCUGAGAAGUUUUUCUUCUGUUUCCUGCCCACCAUCAUCAACAGGACUUACUUCCCACUUCCCUGUGGAUGGAUGAACAAACUCUCGGCUACCAUUACAAAAUGGAUCAUCAUGAGGAAAAGUCUGAUCCGACACUUGCAGGACCGAGGGGUGCAGGUGCUAUUUUGGUGCCUUAAUGAAGAAUCCGAUUUUGAAGUGGCCUUCAGCUUGGGAGCCGAUGGCGUCAUGACGGAUUUCCCCACAGCCCUGAGACACUACCUGGACAAGCAGGGACAAAGAGAUCCAGCCUCCCCAGUCUAAGGGCUGUCCUGUCUUUCUCUUAAGAAAAAUAAAUAUUUUCUUGACAGUAA